AAGCAAGCCCAUAAAUUGCCCGUUUUGGGGUUACACUCAUAACGAGUCAUCGCUGAUUCACUGCUUUGUGAAGGACAGAAGGGCAGCAAUGCAUUACUGCUUCAAAUCUCUCUCCAGAUUUUCAAUUUCCACCAUUGUUCUUGCUAUCUUGCUUUCAUCCUUCAGUUUGACUUCCACAGAAGGGUAUAAAACACUUGAUCCGAAUGGAAACAUCACAAUCAAAUGGGAUAUCAUGAGUUGGACCCCUGAUGGCUAUGUUGCAGUGGUUACGAUGUAUAAUUUCCAGCAAUACCGCCAGAUUUCSSRUCCGGGKUGGACCUUAGGUUGGACCUGGGCUAAGAAAGAGGUGAUAUGGASCAUGAUGGGCAGUCAARCCACCGAKCAAGGAGAUUGUUCRARAUWUAAARGUGCAMYACCACAUUGYUGCAAGAAAACUCCAWCGGUUGUSGAUUUAUUACCWGGAACCCCUUACAAUCAGCAGAUUGCAAAUUGCUGUAAAGGAGGUGUUGUCGAUUCAUGGGAUGCUAGUGCAUUCCAGGUUACCGUUGGUACAGCCGGAACCACUAACAGAACGGUUAAACUACCGAAGAACUUCACCUUGCUUGCACCUGGCCCUGGCUAUGCCUGUGGACCGGCUAUAGUCGCUAAACCAACAAAGUUCGUUACUCCAGAUGGAAGAAGAGUAACUCAAGCUAUGAUGACUUGGAAUGUUAUAUGUAGAUAUUCACGAAAUCUGGUUCAGAAAACUCUCACUUGAUGAAUUGCUGUGUAUCUCUCUCUUCAUUCUACAAUGACUCGAUCGUAUAAUGCGAGGACCGGCUUUGUGUCCCCAAAUAGCGAGUUGUGGUCAUGAAAGUUAACGAAGUUUGAUAGAGAGUUAUAUGUUGUACUAUGGGAGACUCUUAUGCGAGCAUUUGAUUAUCUAUUAUAUCUAUAAUAUAUCACAAGAACAGUUAAAUCACAUGUGAUUUUGUACUUAAAUCACACAUGAUUUUUCUUUCCUUAAAUGUUAAAAACCGAGUUUUUAGAAACAUUUACUAAUGUUCCUAAUAUAAGGUCAACCAACUAAAUAAACAAAUGAAUGUUGCAA